AUGCUGGAAACAUCUCACUCAUCAAUAUUACCACCACCUUAUAAAAUAGUUCUUUUAGGAGAUUCUUCCGUGGGAAAAACGUCGCUUGUACACAGAUUCACAACUAAUAGGUUUGAUACACAUACUCCCAAUACUAUUGGUGCAGCAUUUAUAACAAAGGAGUUUUCGCCCCAUGAAAACCAUGAGCGUAAAGUGAGACUAGAGAUAUGGGACACAGCAGGCCAGGAAAGGUACCGUUCAUUGACUCCUAUGUACUAUAGAAAUGCGAGGGUAGCCCUAGUGUGUUUUGAUUUGAGUAAGUUUGAAAGCACAUUCAAUACUGCGAAAUACUGGAUUCAACAGUUGGAACUAAACAAUUCUUCUGAUUCAAGAGAAAAGAUAGAGAUUCGAUUGGUAGGGACCAAACGGGAUUUAGUGUCAACAAUAGACGACGCCACUAAAGACCAAGUCAAUAAGUUGAUAACAGAACAGUCCAAUGUUGUAAAAUUCCAUGAAACCAGUUCAAAAGAAGGCACAGGAAUUGAAUCAUUGUUUGAAGACAUAGUGACAAACAUAGAAGAGACGUUUUUCACACAAUAUUAUGAACAAAAUCGUGAUACUUCUGAUCAAAUAGGAAACAUGCUACGUACGAGACAGACAUCUAACUCAUAUUGCUGUUAA